UAAAAGAAUAAAAUAAAUAAGGGGAGCAUUUUUAGAAGGAUUGAAACUUUAUAUUUUCUUAUUACACUUCCACUCGAUAGUAAUCGGGCUAUCUGCACGGGCAUACUUCAGGGCUGCAAAGCUAAAAAAAACAGUGUUGAUAAAGUUCAGUUAACAGUGCUCAAAAAAGUUGACCCUCAAGUAAAUAAGCAGAAAACAUAAACAAAACCAUGAAUCCCUUGACAAACAUGAAAAAUGUGCUCAAACUGAGCGAACACGAACUUCAGCAUGGAGGCAAGAAAAGCUGGCAUGAUAUGUACCGGGACUCGGCCUGGAUCUUCGUUGCAGGAUUCCCAUACACGCUCACAGAGGGCGAUUUGAUCUGCGUCUUCUCCCAGUACGGCGAGGUGGUAAACAUCAAUCUGGUGCGAGACUCCAAGACAGGAAAGUCCAAGGGUUUCUGCUUCCUGUGUUACGAGGACCAGCGCUCCACGGUCCUGGCGGUUGACAACCUGAACGGCAUUAAGAUCAUAGACAGGACUCUGCGAGUUGACCAUGUGGCGGACUACAAACCGCCAAAGGAGAACGAAAAGAUGGACGAGGAGACACUCCGCCUCUACAUGGAAGGAUGCGCGCCAAAGCCACAGCUUCAACACAUCAAGUCUGAGAAAACGGAAUCCAAAAAGAAGCACAGAUAAUCAUAGUUUUAUGUAGUUUAUCCCCUUUUUAAAGUAAGAAAUUUAAAGAAUAAGCUGUCCAAAUCAAGAACACAUGUUUAAUAAACUGAUAAUGUUUGAAA